GAAAAUGGCGGCCGAUCCAAACGAGGAAGACUUGUGUUGUAGUUUUUGUUUACAGGAAGAAAAAUGACAUAGGCUUCGGGAAAGGGUUUUUCUAAGCGGAGAUGUUUGUGAAAGUCCCUGCCGUGUUGUUGUUGUUGUUUAGACUGCUGUAUUAUGUACAGGGACAGACUGGAGCACCGGAACAGAUCAACCCUGGCCAGGUGAAUGUCGGAGUCCCAGGACAGGAUGGCAGCAACGUCGUCUCUAUCUCUGAACACGAGACCAGCGGGCAGAUUCCUGUGUUCCUGACGUUUACUCAGCCGGCAAACGCCACCCAGGAUGUGACAGUGUUCUGUAGCAUACAGACCGACCAGCCUGGUUACUCUGAGGUCACGUUUGACAACAUCACCAUUUCAGCCGGGGGGACUGACACAGGCACUGUCACAUUCAGUGUUGUAUCACCUGGACGUCAGGUUGAGGUGCAGUGUUUGGGCAGGAGUGCUGCACCAGGAACUGAGACCAACACUACAGAGUUCCUCCCACAGACUUCAGCUGGACAGACUGGUUUUCUGCAGGUGAGAAAAGGUCCAGUGGCAGGCUUCUGUAGCAGUCUGGUCCUGGUGCCUAACAGAGCUGGAGUCUCCCAGGCUACUGUACGGGUGGAACUCAGUGAAGCAGUCGUUGACAAUGAAGUCACAGUGACCUGCACUAGUGUGGAUGCAACAGCUGGUUCCAUCCAGUUGACCUUUGACCCCCUGACCUUGGAAGUGAACAGUACGACAGGAGAUGUGACCUACUCCUUCACCAACCCCGGCGGCUCUCCUGUGUCAGUGUCAUGUACAGCACAGUCUGGGGGAGGGGGGACCCAGUAUCGCACGGCUACAUCCACAGGAGAUGCGUCCACCUUUGCACUUGACGAGGGUUCAGUACAGUUCAUCCCUGACACAACCAGAACCUCGGCGCAGAGCGUUGGAACCUUCCUGGUGCUGGACGCAGCUGUACAGGCUGACACCGUCACCUUCACCUGCGCCAUGAGGGAGGUGGAGGACUCAGACCAGGCUCAGACACUCGCCCAGAACCCCACCUGUGUACCUGUGUCUAACCUGGUCCCUACAGCUGCACCAGGGACAGUACCAGCACAGCUGACCACUCCAGGACUGACCACUCCAAACCCUGCUUCUGCCAGCCCUGCUACAACGCUUACGCAAGCCCCUAUCUCUGCUCAGACCCUGGCCACCCCCACAUCAGUCCCAGAUUCUCCCCUGACUAACCUGUCCAUAGCAGGGAACUGGCAGCUGGGCACAGUGGAACUCGUGUUUGGGACCUACACCAGCCCUGUACAGGACCUACUGCUGGUCACAUGCUGUGCUCCUCAGGCCAGUAACACUGACCCCAAGUACCAGGGCAGGUCCGCUGCCUUUGUCUUCUCUUCUAAUGUGGUCACAAACACCACAGCAAACCUCACUAAUGCUGAAGUUGUCGGCACCCCCCUGGUGGAGCGAGUCAUCCCUAACCCUGCCUAUGUGGAGGUGGGACCCUGCCCAUGUGACCUGUGGGAGAACCACUGUGACACUGAGUGCUGCUGUGAUACUGAGUGCACACAGGAUGAUCUGGAUAUCUUCACCAGCUGUAUCCAGGGUGCAUUUGGAGGAAACCUGACAAAAGAACUAGCCCAGUACUGUACCUUCAGCGGCGGUUAUCAAGAAGAUUGGGACAGACUGUUGUGUGUGGAGCGAGACAACAGCCCGUAUCUGGGCCUGUACUAUGACAAUCCCUCCGCUAUCAGAACUGAGACCGCCUUUAGGACUGCCUAUGAUGCAAACGCUCCUGCGUUCUCAUUCGAUGAGACAGAGAGAAGAGAGACUGUAGAGACAGACUCUUCUUUGGCGUACAGAUACGGGCUGGCCACACAGGUCUUGUACACAGACGCAAACGGAGAAACACAGCAAGGGUUUCUCUCCUUCCCCCAACAGAUUUUAUCAGGACAGUGCUUGUACAGCGGGAUUGUCAGGCAUUUUGUGUCCUCAAAUGCAACUUGUACGCAAACGCUGGACGCAAGUCUUUGUACGGAAGGUUCCAUGUUGGAUGCGAGGGAGUACUUACUCCCCUCUGCUGCUACCCACCCCCCCUGUCCAACCCCCCCUCGAGUCCUAAGUCAGCAUGGGGGGGUUGACACCGUCCCCACUACUGUAGAAUACUUCUGUCUUACGGACCCAAGCCUUUACGUCAGGUCCACCACCACUGCUGACGACAUCUAUGUCUUCAACCAAACCUCCCUGUUCGCUGACAGUGUGCCAGGCACCAUGCAGAAGUGUGCAUUUGACGACGGCUUCACGUUUCCCCCCUCCCCAACUCCAAACACUACCACCGACACGUGCAGUAAUGUCGUGCUAGACGUGAGGUAUGUUUUAUCAUGGAGGGGGACCGAACUUACGGGUGCCGCGGCGUUCGUGAUUCUUGGAGACAUUGCCAUGGAAACGGUUACCCCUGGCGACGGCAGUAACAGCUCCACGGUUUUGGCGCAGAAGUUUGGAGUGGAGUUUUCUUACGACAGUCCCAAUGCGACGGCUGUCGAUGCGACGGAAAUUGUGGAUCGGUCGGGAAAUCCAGGUUACGACGUGGGGAAAGUGCUGCUGACUGGGACGCUGUCACUGACCAAUGACAGCGUAGAAAACAUCGGGUCUUCGGGGCUCCAGGUCUGGAGUCCAGGGACAGACGGGCUGUGCACCUCUGCCAGUAGAGCUGCUGUGACAUUUGGGGAGGACUCCAUCUCUGGGUGCACCGUGAGGCUGGCAUGGGACAACUUCCAGGACUGCGCAGCUCUUAGAUCUGAGGUGCGAGCCCAACAGGAGUCGCUGGUGACAGCUGAGUUUGUGUCCAGAGGAGGAAACCCCAACUCCACUCUCAUCACGGACUGGGUACAAAUCAUCAAUAAUGACACAGCCGCCCCCAUAGAGGCCCCUACCCCGGCCGGCGUGGAGCCUGAUGUAGUUGACCAGCUGCAGGGGUUGUGUCAGGACAUUCCCGCGGCCAUGAACCUGGAGGUUCUGUACGCAGACGUCGGCAAGGAAAACGAGUUUCUCAUCCAGGAGGUCGUCGGGGCGAGGGUCAGUUUCUCAAGUACACUGUGGAAGCUGCAGUGCUCAGGCCCGUUGUCUGCUGCAUGUUACGGGAACUCCUCAGUGUUGGCUGAUCUCGGCAACUCAUCAACGAUAUCUGACCUCAUCACUGGCACCGUGCAGUCUUUCUACAUCACCAGCUCCGUCACCUUCACCAGAGUACCUGCUCUAACACCAGCACCCGUCAAGAGGUUCUAUGCAAAUUCCACCAACGUGUGCAGGCUAAAUGCCUGCUGGGAGGAGCUGUUCUAUCCGGUUUCCAUGUUGUUUGCAGACGGAGAUUUCCAGCGGUACCAGCACAACCUGGGGUCUGCUCUGCUUCUCACACUGUUCAUCAUAGCUGUGUUUGUCAUCACCAGACCAUGGUGGUGAUAGGACUGAUUUUUAUUUCUUAUUAAGGCUUUACCUAGCCCCCACCGGGCCCCCCAGGUAGCUAGAAAACUAGACUAAAGCCCUGACCCCUGAUAAAAAUGUCCGGAUUAAACUGAAUAGAUU